CUGACUGGCUCUAAGCACUUUGUUUUGCGAGUUGCGGGCCAACCAGCGAGUUUCUGACAGCGAGUUUAUCGGAGUUGAUUACGGAGGUGACUUUAUCUCGACGCUACCCGCCGGUGCAGGGUAGUUUCCCCACACGCCGUCUCCUCGGACAUAUCCGCACUGAUGCUGCCGCCGCCCCAGGGUUGCUGCCGCCGCUAGCGUUGUAAAAAGUUGUAAACACCUCACGACGCUCCGAGAAUCACAGCAUCUACGUCGCCAGUCACCAGAGAUCCCACCGCUGCCACCAUGAUCAACCCGUUUAUGGACACGGCGCACACGCCUCACCUACCCCCGGGGGCACUGAAGCUGAGCCCGCCCCACCCAAUGGGGGACGGGGCAGGGGGCAUGCACGGACAGGCGAAUCAGUUUGGCGGUCAGGCCAACGGAUACGGGCUCCAUCAUUCUCAUUCGAUUCACGGAGGCGGGUACGCCGCCAGGGACUUUCUGUUCGGACGCAGGGACAUGGGUCUGCCUACCCACGACGCGAACCCUGCCCCCCACGGGAUGUUUGUGCCGUCGACAGGGGGGCUGCACGCCGCCCACCCGGACCCGACGACGGGGCACGUGCUGUUUCCUGGACUCCACGAGAGCCAGCACAACCCGGGACACGUGAACAGCCAAAUGUUUUACCCACGGACUGACCAGUUCAACCAAAUGUCCGCCCCCCGGGCCGAUCACUUCGCCCCUCCCCAGCACCACUUCAACAUGAACCACAUGAACAUGAAUCCACACCAUAUGAACAUGGCGCCCCACGGGCCGGGAGCCUUUUUCAGGUAUAUGAGGCCCCCUAUCAAACAGGAACAUUCGUGCAUGUGGUUCGAUAAGGAUCAACCGGAGCCGAGGAAACCUUGUAACAAAACCUUCAACACGAUGCACGAGAUUGUGACGCACAUUACCGUGGAGCAUGUGGGGGGCCCCGAGCAGACCGACCACGCCUGUUACUGGCAGAACUGCGCCAGGGAGGGGCGCCCCUUCAAGGCCAAGUACAAACUAGUUAAUCAUAUUCGUGUUCAUACGGGAGAAAAACCAUUCCCCUGCCCGUUUCCUGGAUGUGGCAAAGUGUUUGCAAGGAGUGAAAACCUCAAGAUUCACAAACGGACACAUACAGGUGAGAAACCUUUCAAGUGUGAGUACGAAGGGUGUGAUCGCCGCUUCGCCAACAGCUCGGACAGGAAGAAACACUCGCACGUGCACACGAGCGACAAGCCGUACAACUGCAAAAUCAAGGGCUGCGACAAGAGUUACACCCACCCCAGCUCCCUGAGAAAACACAUGAAGGUACACGGGAAGACCUCCCCCAUUCCAGGCUACGACUCCGAACCUGAGAGUCCCAGCAGCGAAUCGACGCCCGCCACCAGUCCCACGACGUCUUCGACGACGUCGACGACGUCAUCACACUCCCAGAAUUCCUCUGUGCAAAUCACGAGCAGCCCGAUCCACCCACUUGUGUCGAACUUGGUGUCGAACCCGGGGCUCGUGCACCCGACCCCGACGAACUUGAGCGAGUGGUACGUGUGUCAGAGUGCGGGCGGGAUGCCCACCCCGCCCAGUACGGACCACUCCCCUAUAAACUCCCUCGCUCACAUUACGAACCUUCACCCCCAGCCCGUCAUGCAGUACACAUGACAUCAACAGAACAAGGGCGAGUUUUUCAGAUGGUGACGUCACACGAGAGAUCGAGACUUUGUUCGAGACGUGUUCGAGAAAGUGAAAGACUUGACCGAGACUUAUAAAUAAAUAGAAGUGCGAGACUCGUCCAAGAAAACGCGAGACUUGUUCACAGAAAGCGGUAGACUUGUCCGAAAAAACGUGAGACUUGUUCGAGAAGGCGCGAGACCUGUCCGAGAAAGUACGAUAAUCGUUCUAGAAAGAAUCAUAGUGACCUAAAAAAAUUCCAUACUUAAUCGAUAGCACACACACGGUUAAGGACGUCCACGAGACGAAGCGAGAAAACACGAGAUUUAUACGAGAAUAAACUACAUCGUUUUUAAAAAUGGGAGACUGUGACAUCCAUUCGGUGCCCAUAAAGUGUGAUACGUAUUCUAAAUGAAGCACAAACAUCUUCAAUUCUGGGAAAGUGUGACCAAACGUAACUAACAAACUGUGGCAAAGUGGUUAACUCUUUCAAAUGUGCCGGACGUGUGUGUUUCUUUCUGAAAUUAUUAGUUGAAGAAUCAGCAUUCGGUUUUUAAAAAAUAUUUUACCAGUUACGAAAUAACAAAUAUUUAUACUAUAAUGUUAAACACUGACUAUAGAUUUCUUUAUUUAUUUAAGACAAUGGAAUUUAGUUUGAUUAAAAAUGCAUUUUUGAGAAAAUAUACACUUAAUUAAAAAUAUUCAAAAAUUAAUUUGGUUGUUAAUUGAUAUAUUAAAUUUAUUUAGGCCUGUUAAUCAUGUUUUUAAAAAAUAAUUAUUUGGUCUGUUUUUGAAUGAUAAAUACCUAAAAGAACAGAGUAAUCUUUCUUCCAUUAUAUUUGUGUUAGGAUUUCACAGAAUUUUGAAACCAGUUUAUACCGGGAAGAAGUCCCAUAAAAAAGUAUUAUAAGUUCAGUCAAACUGUUCUAUUCAGACGAGAAAACGCGAUAUUUCAUGCGAGAAUAUAUUAAAACAAUGACAACAGAAAAGAAGUCUCGGUUAACCAAGACUGAUCGAGUACACAUAUACCUGUAAGAUCAGAUAAUUUAGGUAUCAAAUCUGAUUAGCAGAAUCGAUAUACUGGUUACGGUACCGAUGGACUGUUUGUGACGAAACCGCCAUGGUAGCCUUAUGUAGCGUAACAGUAUCACGGAAACAAGUUUUCUCUUCCCUUAUUUGGGAUCUGUUCUGAUUCAGACAGGAUGUUAUAAAAGAGUUUAAAUUAUCAAGACUAAAACAUGGGUGCAUUUACAACAGUGUUCGUUGUUUGCCAGAAACUUGCCAAUGUUGCAGAAAGUAUUUAAAAAGAAAAACACAUUUACCUUAGCAUGAACUUGGUUUCAUUAUUAUUUUUUAAAUGGUGCUGUCUGUUUUCAGACUAUUGUUGUGUAGUUGCCAUGACAACACAAAUAUAAACUGUGUUAGACUUUUGGUUUCUUUUUCAUUCUAUUGUAUGGAUUAUUUCUCUUUGUUGGCAGCACUAAACCAGGUUCAAGUAUUUUCAUAUAAUAUACUCUCUAUAUCACGUUAUCAUUAAAAUGCAUAGACGCUUGUUAUUAUUAUUAUUAAUAUUAUUAUUAUAUUAAUUCGUGGUUUUUUUCUCUCUCUCAGCUUAUUACUGUAUUUCUCCAAAUGGGGCAUUAGUUUUACAAAGUAAUAUAUAUGAUUGGUAUUAAUUCUGGACGUAGAAGAAAUAAUACAGUUACAUAAAAUUUAAUAUGCAUAACACACUGGAGUAAAAUAUAGGUAUUGUAUUCUUUUAUCUAUUCAAUUUAAUAUAUUAGAAUCUUAUAAAUUAAGUUCUAGACCCCCCCCCCCCCCCCCAGAAGUCAAUACCAUUAAACGUUUUGUUAAUGUAUUUGCUUUUUGUAGUGAAAUACAGGUUUUGUAUCCUUUUAUCUAUUCCAUUAAAUAUAUUAGAAUAUCAGAAAUUAAGUUCUAGACGCAACCCACCACUACACCCCCCCCCCCCCCCCCGGAAGUCAAUACCAUUAAUAGUUUCGUUCAUGAAUUUGCUUUUUCUAGUAAAAUACAGGUAUUGUGUCCUUUUAUCUAUUCUAUUAAAUAUAUUGCAUUCUCCCCCAGUUUCAAGUCAAUACUAUUAAUAGUUACGUUCAUGAUUUCGCUUUCAUUUCGCUUCAAAACCUUUUCCUCUGUUUGUAAACCCAAUACGAGUGGACAGCCAUCAGUUACCGGAAGUGACGUUACACUUGACAGGUGGCGGUAUGUAUACGCCAUUGUCUAAAACUGACUGUCUUUCUGUCAGAACUUAACAGCUCGGGUCGUCGCGAACCAAUCCUCUCUUACCCCUUUAUCUUUAAUUAAAUGUUUCUUAAACCGAGGGGGAGGUAACUCAGCGUCGUAAUUGUUUUUCUUCGAUCCCUGUUGUCAGAUAUUCAAGGAUUUGGUCAAAGGGAAUAUCUUUUGAAUGCCAGCCAUUGAUUAUAUAUAGCUCCAGUUAUGGUAAUCAUCGCUUUCGACUCAACUAGGACGAGUUCAGGAGCAAUAUACUUCUACUGUUGUCCUAAUGACCGUACAGAGUGAGUGCUCGCCACCACCGCUGCUGUCCGGAACGUAACGAGAGUUGUUUCUAUUUUUAUUUAUUUUUUACGAGAGCCAUUUCUUUGAGAUGUGUACACAUGUGAUGUGCGAAAAACAUACUUACGAUAAUUGUGUGCACUUUAUUGAAUAUGUAUUUGUAAAUACAAUGUUUGAAAUUGA